UCACUAUGAAAAAUACAAGAAAAACUGCGAUUUAAAUUUGCUGCGGUGAUAAUUUCGUGUUAAACGCUGGCUUCUCUUGUGUGCGGUGAUCUCGCAAGAGUCAGAGCUCUAAUGCCAGUAUAUGGUCAGAAAAAGAAAGGGACAAACUCUGCUUUUCUAAAAAAAAAAAAAAAGAAAAGAAAAAAACAACAACAAGACUUACAUAAUCAAAAAAAAUUUAUUGUCUGUCAGAGGAAGUCGAAGACAGAAAAUUGGCUCACAGUCACUACACACAUAACAACAUAAGCGGAAAAAGGGAUAAAUAAAUGAUUGAAGUGAUAUUGCCCAGUAAUAAUGGUUUCAUCACUCACGGAAUUUUACAUCUGGCUUGUGAAAUUUCUUGUCCUUUUACAGGACCUACGCAAGUGCCUUGGUGCGGCAGAUCCAGCAGACAUCCCAGGUCUGUGUCUGUGCUCUGACCAGUUGUCUGACCCCAAGACCCCUUGGGACGUCAGUAGUCACGUGCUGAUAGAACUAAGGAACUGGUGGCAGCGACGUGUGGCUGGAGCUGGGCCUGACAGCCAGAUGACUGAUUACCUUUACUGGAUAUUGGUAUCCAGGUUUUGUGGUCCGGCGACAACAGUGAUUGUGCCAUGCACUGUUCCCUCUCGUCUAAGUAUCAAGACCCUGGGUCAGGCCGUCUCGUUCACAGGGGAGUGCUAUACAUCUGUAAUAACACUCUUCCCGGAGCAAGUUCAACUACUGAACACUGCACCUUCCAGACUGUUUGUGGCCGGACCGCCGGGCACAGGUAAAUCUGUGGUGCUGCUGCUGAUGGGCAUAGAGUGGCUGCGGUGGUUGCACGACGUGUACAUUGUGAGUACUGGGAUGUGGAGUCGUGCAGCGUGCAGCAUGCUCUACAACAUGUUGUUGAGUACAAUGCUCUUAAAAAUGACGACCAAGGUAUCACCCAAUCAGCUUCACUACCUGCAAUACGACUUCACACAAAGCACAGACGUGGAGAAGGCCAUCCGCGACUUGUCACAAACAGCGAGUGGACGACCCUUGUACAUUAUUGCUGAUGAAGCGGGGCCUGAAGACAAGUUUGACACCUUUCAAGGUUUCUGUGGGGAGCUGCUAGAAAUAGUUCCUCAUCUCCAUCUUUGGGCGGCAAGUUGUUAUCACAAAGUCGCACCCGCAGGCUGGCAAGAGGAAUAUUUAACCAGACCCCUCCGCUCUCCUCCAGUCGUUGUCAGGGAAGUCGAGCAGGACAUAGUGAUGGCACUUGACCGUGAUGUCCAGGCGUACAGUGAGCGUGGUGUCCCCGACCACACAGACGGCCCGCCAGUCAAGCAUAUUAUUCAUCACGGUCACGGACGCAGCCCUUACUGGCCAGUGAACUGUGUCAACUGUGGUCGUGAGGUGGCCAGAUUCCUGCUCAGUCUACAAAUGGGAGCUUCUACAAAUUCAACGACCUUCGCCAGUGGUGGUAUGGCUCCACCAUGCCUGCAGUGGAGAGAUGUCCUGGUACUGUACUGGGGCGACAUCAGUGACAGAUUAGGUAUGAUGACAGGGUUGAAGGAAGCGGGUAUCCCAGUGCGGUUAAUGAAGGAUGAUGACAUCGAGGACGUGGCCACUGCCCGUAGUGACGUGGUGUGGAUAGCAAAGGGACAACACGUUCGUGGUCUGGAAAGAAAAGUGAUUGUUUAUGUUGAGCCUGAUCUUAGACAUGCUGUCGUUGACAUCAGAGCUGUCCGACUUCACUUUCUAUCUCGAUGCACAUCACAGCUUGUGAUUGUAUCCGCUGAGGUCACCAGUUCGUCUAACACCAGCAUCUGCUUUUAAAGAAAUGUUAGGGUCCAGGCCGUGGCUGUGCGUAAAUAUUAAUUGAGAAAGGACUUUUAUCUUUAUGUUAUGCUCUAUGUUUAAAGCAAGAUUACUAUAAUUAUUAAAUCCUGAAAACCCUUGACUCCCCUUCCUUCCCACCACUUCGAAAACGUGUAGCUGGCAGAUAUUCCCCACCACCGCCUUCUGUCCGUGGACUGGUCAAAGCUCCGCAAAUUAGUAUUUACGUCAGGAAGAUAAAGGAUUAGCAGACAUGCCAGAGAUAACCGCUAGACAAACAGGGUUAGGGAAAGAGCAGUUUAAAUUUUAAAUUAAAGGACUCUAGAUUGACUUACAAACAUUACUUUCCCGAUAGGCAUCAGCGGUGACGGCGGUCCAUCUGAAAGGGACGUUAAACGUUGAUUCUAUUUGUUUGCUGGUGAUUGUCUGGAGUUUACUCUUGUAUCACAGUAUUUACUAGCAUGGUGUCUGUGAACAAGAUCAGCCAUGUAAAUUGUAAUGAGACGAACGUAAACUUACCUUGCAUACGCACGACUUAUUACACACACACACACUCUCUCACACACGCAGACAACACACACACACACACUCAAAGUUCGACGAG